UAUUCGUCUAUAUCUGUCCUGGGACUCAGGCCAAGGCAUAGGAGGAAACAUGAAAGACUAAGACUCCGAACGUCAGUGCUCCAGGAAACACCAAAACCACAGCAGGCCAGCUCAGAUCUGGAAGGACUUGAAACCGCCGGCAUCGAUCACGGCCAAAAUCAGACCAGACCAGAGCGGCUCCUGAAUGUAACGCUGCAAAGUGACGGAGCAGAUCUCGUGCACACGUUUGAGGGUCUAACGAGAUAAAGGAGAUCAGUCAUGCCAGGCUCAGGAGGAGCAGACUCAAAGGGAGAAGAUUUCUCCACUGCCAUCCUGAAGCACAAACACAGACCUAACAGACUCAUCGUGGACGAAGCUCUCAGUGAAGACAGCAGCACUGUCAGCCUGUCACAGAAUAAAGCGGAGCAACUGCAGCUCUUCCGGGGGGACGCGGUGGUGUUGAGAGGGAAAAAGCGCCGUCAGACGGCGUGCAUUGUCCUGAAUGACGACACUUGCGGGAAUGAAAGAAUACGCAUGAACCGCGUGACGCGCAGCAACCUGCGUGUCCGACUCGGCGAUGUCAUCAGCAUCCAUGCCUGCCCUGACAUCACGUACGGGACAAAGAUCCAUGUCCUCCCUCUAGAUGACACCAUCGAGGGCCUGACGGGAAACCUCUUUGAUGUUUUCCUCAAACCCUAUUUUCAGGAGGCUUACCGGCCCAUACAUAAAGGUGACAUCUUCCUCGUGAGGGGGAGCAUGCGGGCGGUGGAGUUCAAGGUGGUGGAGACUGACCCCGGGGAAUUCUGCAUCGUUGCCCCGGACACUGUCAUCUACUGCGAGGGGGAGCCAAUCAAAAGAGAGGAUGAAGAGGAGAGCCUAAACGAAAUAGGCUACGACGACAUCGGAGGCUGUCGGAAGCAGCUUGCCCAAAUCAAAGAGAUGGUGGAGCUUCCUCUGAGACACCCCGGCCUUUUUAAGGCGAUAGGAGUUAAGCCCCCCAGAGGUAUCCUGCUGUACGGCCCUGCAGGCACAGGCAAGACCCUGGUGGCCCGGGCUGUAGCCAAUGAAACUGGUGCCUUCUUCUUCCUCAUCAAUGGUCCUGAGAUCAUGAGUAAGCUGGCAGGAGAGUCAGAGAGCAACCUAAGAAAAGCUUUUGAGGAGGCGGAGAAAAACGCUCCCGCCAUCAUCUUUAUUGACGAGUUGGACGCCAUCGCUCCCAAGAGAGAGAAGACCCAUGGUGAAGUGGAGAGACGUAUAGUCUCCCAGCUCCUGACCCUGAUGGAUGGCCUAAAGCAAAGAGCUCAUGUGGUCGUCAUGGCAGCUACAAACCGACCGAAUAGUGUAGACCCUGCCCUGCGACGCUUUGGCAGGUUUGACCGCGAGAUUGACAUCGGAAUCCCUGAUUCGAUUGGUAGACUGGAGAUUCUGCAGAUUCACACCAAAAACAUUAAAAUGACUGGCGACAUCGACCUGGAGAGGAUUGCUGCAGAGACCCACGGCCACGUGGGCGCCGACGUGGCUGCUUUGUGCUCAGAAGCUGCUCUGCAAGCAAUCCGCAAGAAGAUGACCCUCAUAGACCUGGAGGACGAAUGCAUCGACGCUGACCUGCUGGACUCGAUGGCUGUCACCAUGGACGACUUCCAGUGGGCUCUGAGUCAGAGCAACCCUUCAGCUCUGAGAGAAACCAUCGCAGAGGUGCCUCAGGUGAACUGGGCCGAUGUCGGAGGACUGGACGAGGUCAAGAGAGAGCUGCAGGAGCUUGUUCAGUACCCAGUUGAGUAUCCGGACAAGUUCCUGAAGUUUGGUAUGACUCCAUCUCGUGGGGUAUUGUUCUACGGCCCUCCGGGCUGCGGGAAAACGCUGCUGGCUAAAGCUAUCGCCAACGAGUGCCAGGCAAACUUUAUUUCUAUCAAAGGACCGGAGAUGCUCACCAUGUGGUUUGGAGAAUCUGAGGCAAAUGUCCGAGACGUGUUUGAUAAGGCCAGACAGGCAGCCCCCUGCAUCUUGUUUUUUGACGAGUUAGACUCCAUUGCCAAAUCCAGAGGAGGCGGAGGUGGGGAUGGGAGUGGUGCAGCUGACAGAGUCAUUAACCAGAUACUCACGGAGAUGGACGGCAUGUCGGACAAAAAAAACGUUUUCAUUAUUGGUGCCACAAACAGACCGGACAUCAUCGACUCAGCCAUCCUGCGGCCGGGCCGCUUGGACCAGCUCAUCUACAUCCCACUCCCAGACAAACCAUCUCGCUCCGCAAUCCUAAACGCCAACUUGCGCAGGUCCCCCGUUGCACAAGAUGUGAACCUGGACUACCUGUCUGGCAUCACAGAGGGUUUCUCCGGAGCCGACCUGACAGAGAUCUGCCAGCGGGCCUGUAAGCUGGCCAUCCGGGAGGCCAUCGAGGCUGAGCUCAGGACCGAGCGUCAGAGAGAGAACAAACCAGACAUCCCCAUGGACGACGACUUUGAUCCAGUCCCGGAGAUCAGGAAGGACCACUUUGAAGAGGCGAUGCAAUAUGCUCGUCGCUCUGUCAGUGACAAUGACAUCCGCAAAUAUGAAAUGUUUUCUCAAACUCUGCAGCAGAGCCGAGGAUUUGGAGACUUCAGGUUCCCCUCUGCUACUGGUACCCGGUCAGGAGAUCAGGGGUCAGGCUCUGGUUCAGAGAGGCCAAAUCUGUCGAGAGAGGAAGGAAAUGAGGAUCUCUAUCAGUGACAAAAAAGCUCACCAUAAAGUUGACCAGCUGCAAAGGGUUAUGCUUUUCAACUGCUGUACCUGGCUUCCUUACUGAAAUGAUGAACAAGGGAAGAGGAAAUAGCAAGAUACAAACUUGGAGACACCAUAGUAAUAAUAAGCAUGAAAAAAACAUGAAUCUAAAAUGUACGUCUAGUGUUGAAUUUCUAUUAUAAUUAUAUAUAAAGAAUACAACAAGAGAUAUGUGGGUUUUCAUGAACAUUAUGUAAGUUCCGUGUUGUGUGAGUUCAAAAUGUCACAAAUAAAUACAUUAAAAUGGCA